AUGCAUAACUCGCGCAGUUUCUUUAUUCGCCUUUCCUCUUCCUCCCACUAUUCUGACUUUGUCUUCAUUUCCAUGGCCUCCACAGCCGGCCCCGUACAUCCCUUCGCGCCUCUCACUCCUUCACCUUUGACCGUUUGCCGCUACGAGCUGCCUCCGCCUCCAGAUUUCCCCUCGUUCACCCUCAUCAUCACCCAAAGGCCAAACAACGACGUACUUGUGUUUCCCUGGACCCCAAUCGAAUACGUGCCUCGCGAAUCGAAGCUCAAUACCGUUCAGAAGUCGCCUCUGCCAACCGCGCAGCCAGUGCAGACGUCUACAACCACGAUCCGUGCCUUGUUGAAAUUCUUCCGGCGCUACAUCGCUAAUAUUGUCAAAAAAGUAAAACGCAAACUCGUGUCCAUCGAGCGCAAAUGA